AUGGGGGACCUUUUCUAUACACCAAACCCUAAUUCAAACACCACAACAUCCACAAUGUCUUCCUCAAAUUCCCCCCAAACCCGGGAACCCAAACUCGAAUCGCAAACCCCGAUUCAAGAAUCCUCGGAUCCACGAUCCGAUACAGAUACGACACAAACCCUACAAAAUCAAGCGGAAAAAGACAUCCUUUCGGAAAAAGAUUCGCUAGAAUCAAUUGAAGAAACCAAUGGAGGCGAAGAAGAGGAAGAGGGGGAAUGUGGAUUUUGCUUAUUUAUGAAAGGGGGUGGCUGCAAAGACACUUUUAUAGAGUGGGAAUAUUGUGUGGAAGAAGGAGAGAAGAACAAGGAAGAUAUUGUGGAGAAGUGUUUUCGGGCCACUGCUGAUUUGAAAAAGUGUAUGGAAGUUCAUUCUGAUUAUUAUGCGCCAAUUUUGCAGGCUGAGAAGGUGGCUGAGGAGGAGGCUGUGAGGGAAUUGAAUAAAGAAAAAGAAAGGUUGGAUGACCAAGGGGACGGUGAAAAAUUGGGAUCAGAAACAAAGGAGGAAACAUUGGAUGGUUCUCAGCAAAAGAAAGAAUCUUGA